UAUAGGUAUAAGCAUCAAGUCAUUAUUUGCAGUAUACUAGUAAAAAAUUAACAUUACUAUUUCUAUUUCGGGAGGACCAAAUAUCUGAACGCUGAACUGCUCAUCUGAUAAGAGUGUAUGACACACAAUUAUGACUUCAAUAGCAGACCAAUUUGAUGGUUUCAAGGCAUUGUUCACAGGAGAGACAUAUGAGUGUAAGCUUGAUGCCAAGUCCUUAAAGAAGGCUAAGGAUGAACUAAAUGAAGAUCCCAGAGAGAGGGAGGCAGCUCUUAAGCAAUUCAGACAGUGGGUCAAAGAACAACCACAUUAUACAUGCUGCUUAGAUUCUACAUUUUUGCUGAUGUUCCUACGACGCUGCAAAUUCAGCCAAUUGGAGGCAAGGAAGAUGCUGGAUCACUAUAUCACCAUGUCUGUGAAAAUGGUACCUGAAUGGAUGUUAAAGAAUGACAUCCUCGAUCCAAGAGCCAAAGCUGCAUUUCUCACAGGGUUCUGUGUGCCACUUCCCCAGAGAGAUGAUCAAGGGAGACGCCUCCUACUAAUGAAACCAGGUGUCCUGAAUCCCGAGAAAAAUGAGUAUGAUGGUACAGAUGUUUACAGAGCAAUUGGGGCAAUGUUCAUGGUGCUGCAACGUGAGGAUAUGACACAGGUGAAUGGCUAUGUGUUUUUCCAAGACUACACAGGGAUGUCCCCCAAACAUAUCACCUUCUUUGGCAUAGAAAACAUGAAGAAAUCAACAAAGUUCUGGCAGGACAACUUUCCAGCCAGAUUCAAGGAGAUGCACUACUAUAACACAGGGGCUGUGUUUGAGGCUAUCAUGCAACUAAUAAAACCAUUUCUCAGCAAGAAAAUACAAGAUAGGAUUAAGGUUUAUGGAAACAACAUGGAGGAUGUAUAUAAGAAUAUACCCAUGAAGUGUCUUCCCAGUGAUUACCUACCAGAUGACUAUAAAGGUUCAAACACUUACAGCAUGAUGGAAAUUGUAGAGAGCUUCUACAAGAAGAUGAGUGAGCUUGAAAUAAGCAAGAGGAUCAAGUACUGCUCCACAGAACUAAUGGGAUUAGAUGAGUCCAAGAGACCCAGCAACAAAGAUGAACCACAGGCAUCAUUCAGGAAAUUAAACAUAGACUAAGACUGCAACAACAAAAAACAAGACACUUAAAGGCUUCUAUUUUGCAUGUGUACAUAGCCUGAUGUGAGCAACAUCAUAUGAUUGGAACAUUUAUGGUGCAAAUACACAAACUAGACAACACCAACGCCAAAGCAUAGCAAAUCCCAUCAAACAGCCAUGGCUGGCAUUUUUACAAACAAAGCAUAUAGC